AUGUUUUUCUUCGGUCUCGGAAAGCUGUUUCAAGUGGUCAUACUCAUAAUAAACGCCAUCGCAAUUCUAUCUGAAGACCGCUUCCUAGCACGAAUUGGGUGGAGUCGGACACAGCACGAUGCAGGUUUCGGCGCAACACACGAUAGUACCAGUAUAAAAGCGAAAUCCGCCGAUUUAAUCGCAAGCGUCCGGACAGUUAUGAGGAUCCCGUUAAUCGCUAUAAAUAUGCUGGUUAUAUUCUACGAGCUCCGAGCUGGCGCGGGGCCAUACUUCAUUGUCAAAAGUAUAAGUGAUAAAAGUGAUGCAGGAGUAGGAAGCAAAGGAAAGAGGAAUAGUUUGGAGGUAAUCUCCCUCUGGCUAAAAAAGACCAAUGAAUCAAAUCAAUCAAUCAAUCGUAUUAACAUUUAA